AUGAUGCAUAUCAAAAGCAGUCCUACCACACCGGUGGUUGGUGAGAAGCGGCCCAGAGCGGAGAGGAGAGAAUCACCGCAACAAGAACCACGCAAAGUGUCCAGUUUCAUUCAACGGUUUUAUUUGUUUGGCAAUAACGCUAACACUCCGCUCGAUCCGGAAGCAGAAACCGAGACACCAAAGGUGAAGAAGGCGAAAGCUUCUGAACAGCAAACGGUUGACGUUAAGCGAGAUCUGAAACCAACAGUAAGGUCUUCGAGCUCUGAGAGUACCGUUGUUGGUGUGCAGUCGUCGUCCGAUGCGUCCGAAGAAUCGAAUCCCGUGCAGUAUCCAUCAUACAGUGUACAGCGAUUGAGACAAUUUUGGAACAAUCGGUUGCUGUCGGGAUCGAAUCAACAAACUCCUUCCGGGUCUUCCAUCGACACUUUGGUUAGAAAAGCGAAGAGUGCCACGAUUGGAGCACCUACUGGUGCAGCCGCUCGUACCGUUCUGCGCAAAUCACCAUCGCCAAAAGCCGUCACACGAUUCCAUCGAAACGGUUCGAUUACUCGUUCGGGAAGGCGACGGUUAACGAUAGAUAAUUCUGAUAGUACACGGAUCGGGGCAGACACAUGCCUACGUUCUACACAACCACCGAAACGAAGCUCCCAAGCUGCACUGCUUAGCCCUGAUCGGGGGGAAGUCCAACGGGCGCUAGUAGAAAAGCGACAGUGUGUUGGAUCACCAACAGUGGCUUCUGGAUCGACCGUAAGAGACUCUUUCCCUCUGGCAAUAGCUUCCUCAACUGGUAGCCAAAUCCAUUGGGCACGUCGAACGGAAUUGCUAGGAAUUCGUGCGGUGACACGGGAGGAAAAGAAGCAGAGCCUCAAAAUGCCACUACGAGCAGAAAACUACGUCAACAGCUUCAUCGAUGUGGACAUACAAAGUGUUGUCGAGCAGGAUAACGAUAAGGCAAUGGAAGCGCCUCACGAGCUACCAAAUGAGGCUGUAGAGAAGUUACCACCGAUAUCCAUCUCAAAUACCCCUGCAACACCCGUACGCCAACCUAAUACAUCUUCCCUUGGACGUAAAGGCAAUACGCCAACGCGAAAAAUAAGCUUUUUGAACAAUAUCUCACCGUACAAUCGUAAAUUGUUGGCUUGCAAUGGUACAAAGGUGGCCGCCUUGACCAGUAAAUUCAACCAAAUGAUCCAACAGGAUGCGGGAUUGCUGGAACAGGUGCAGAAGCGUGGCGGAUAUCUUCACAAAUGUGGCAAUGUAGCGUACAAAGUGAUCGAAGAUCCCGGAACCGAGGGAAUAUACGGGUUUACCGCGUCGGGACGUAAUAGCGGUGCGAGAAGUAGCUUACGGAAGAAAAAUUCUAAUGCUUCCAUUACCUCUGCUGGUGGCACUGCUAGUUGCGCUGCUACUGGUGGCAACAAGACGGAUGAAAGCUCCGACGAAAUUUCUUCAGUAUCGAGCAAGAAUUCUUCGAUUCGCAAAACGGGAUUAAGAAAGCGACCCAGCUUGAGGAAGAAUAUUUAUCGGCGACCGGAUUGGGAAACGGGACGAAGUUCCCUCGGUGUGCGUAAAGUACUAGAGAUGUUUGAACCCAACUUGCACCAUUCCCGUGGAAAGCGAACGGAGAGUGGUGACACGGGUAAACCGCCACCAGGACGAAGUAAACCGAAGGUGCCAGACAAAAGCGAACAAGUGCUGCAGAAAACGAAGUCGAAAAAGGUGAUAAGGGAGGGAGGCGAUAGAAAUAAUAAGAGGAUCCAAAAAGAUACAUUACAAUCGACUAGGAAUGAUGAUUCCGUUGAUGAAAUGAUGGAGGAGAGUGUCGUAGAUGGCAGUAAACAGGUAGUAACAAAUGAGAUGUUAACUGAUACAGAAGCACGUAUACCUAUGCCCAUGCACUGUACCACGCUGAGUAGUAGUCAGAAAAUUGUAUUCACGCCAAAGCACACUACAGAGCAAGAAGAAAACAGUAGCGAUUUACUGGAAACUGAAGAAUGCUUUCCCCUUCAGAUUGCGUCAGAUACUACAGCUCUAGUGGAGAAUACGGGGGAAAAUGCGCUCCUGUCGGAUGUCGAUAAUGUAUUUGGAGAGGUUGAUUCUAUUUACGAUCGGAUAGGUGAAGAUAAUUGUACGGUUCAUUUGAAUGCAAAAAUAACUACCGAUUCUAAUGAUCCCAUCGAAACUGUUGCCUCGAAGAAUGAAGCUAACGAGAAGGAUAAGAAUAAAAGUGCCGUGUCCAAAAUUCAUGGACGACUCAUGUUCCGAUCGUCUAAUAAGGCAACAGCGGAAAUUUCAUCGCCAGUAAGCGAAACUCUGGAAGAAAAUUUAAUUUUACCAGAGGAGAACAAUUGCUUUAGUGAGCAGUAUGCAACUUACAGUUCGAUUGAUAAGGGAAACAAGAACACCGGUGAAGCGCCUGCUGAGGAUUUCGUCAAACGUAACUACGAAAUGGAACCAGCAACAUUACCAAAGGAAAUUAAGGAGAAAAAGAAAACCAAAAGCACCGUGUCGAAAAUUUACGAACGUUUGACGUUUCGAUCGUCCAAGAAGAUAGUGACACCGCUUGAAAAGUCGGAUGAACUAGUAAUCAUUAGGGAAGAGGACAAUAGUCGAAAGACUACCGGGCUGCGAAGGUCCUUUGUGUCAUCAAUCGAAAUUCCAUCAAUGCACUCAGAUGAAACCUCAUUUCCACCGAGUCAACAUACCCCCGAUUCAUCGAGUGGGAAGGAUACUUCAGAGCAGAAGAUUCUCGAUGCGAUCAGUGUUGUUAGUCAGAGGAUCGAUAAUCUAUCAAAAAGCUUCAACGAUUUAACUCUCAGCGAUGCCGAACAUAGUAAGGAGGAUACCCUACCAAACGCCGAAGAAGAUAUUCAGCAAGUGCGCCCAAAUGCGUCCUUCCUUUUCCGUGGCAUGGGUGCAGGAGGUUCCGGGGUUGAUAUGGGAGGCAAGCACGCUAGUCAGCGCAAUAUCGUCGAAGCAGUCAACACGGUCGUAAUCAACAAAUCCAUUUCGAUGGAUGAUCAUCAUUUUCCGUGUUCGCGUGGCGAGAUCAGCAGGAUGAGUCUUAACGAACGUUCCCGAGCGCAGCAUAGUCUAGAGAAUGAUUAUGAGCUGGUCACACGACCUGAGGAGAAACCUGCGCAAUUGGAAGGACAAGUUUUUUGCUCCGCUCCCUCAAUCACGAUCGAUUUAACUGAGCUUACUACCAAAAUAGAGUCUUUCGUUCAUAAAUCUAAGCGAGAAUCGGAAAACAUUUAUCAGUGCAUUCCACGAAAAUCCGCAAUUUCGAAUUUAAGCCAAAUCCUGCCCGAGGAUGCCAUCAGCAUUAACAGUUACGAAUCGUUUGAAAACUACGAAUCGAUUGAACACGAGGCCCUGUCGAACAUGCGUAAACAACCUGCUGAGAAAGCAUCCCGAGAAGAAGAUACGUAUGAGAUAUGCAGUCCGCCGCCAGAAUUGCCACCAGCCCGUGAGGAUAAUCGAAAUGAUCUUACCCUCCCUCAACCAAAGCGCAAUCUAUCCACAUCCCCCAAAACACUCCCUAAACACCUGCAGGUGACUUAUCAGUCCAAUUACGAGCGUAUCAAGUACAGCAAGAUUCCACCGAGACCACCGAAACCGGAGGAGAUCCCACUGCCGCCGCGAAACAACUCUACCACAAACAUUGCCACUCUAACAAACGUUACGUUGGAAAGUAUUUCUUCUACGGAAGCAACGCCGAGCCCGGGCGGAGAUUUGCUGGACAAAUCACCCCACGGACAGGAGAACAUAUACGAGGAGAACAUCUACGACACGAUCCGCAGUGCGGACGGUGUCGAUUAUGACGAUCCGGCGUGUGGUGGAAGCUCCGCCGAGAUGGAACCAAGCCAAGCGAAUAAUCCACCGACCAGAGUCAGGCCGUCAGGAUCGAGACAGCAACCGUCUCCACCUGCUGAUAGCGUAUCGCUCGUAUCAUCCAACUGUUACGAGUCGAUCGGUUUACGGUUGGAGUACGAUCGACAUUUAACGCUCACACGGCGCAACAUGGCCGGUGGAUCGACAACGACGCUGGCGUCCGAUCAAAUCACCAACAGCCUGUACGGUACCACGGCUGGACUGGCGAGCUUAACACCACCAAGUGACCGUGGUAGUGACACAAGCAACAGUGCCGACUGGACCGACAUCUCCGACGAGGAUGAGACCGAACGUACUGACAUGGCGCCGACGGCACCGGGAUCGAAGCGACCGAACUUUAUCGUUGUGCGGGAGCGUAAGCGUAUUCAUCAAACACCGUUAAGGUCGCGGAAACUGGCUCGUAUCUCGCACCCGAAGAUAGACGACGAUUCCGAUCAUCACUACGAAUCGCUAUACUCGAUUGGCUCGAAUGAAGAUCGACAACAGCUCGUUUCUAGCUACAGUACGUCACAAGCGGACCGAUCGGUGUUGCCGAGCGCUGCGGGAUGUAACUUCCAUCAACACAGGGCCGGUGAUUCAACCGCAGCCAUACUUCUGCCCAAUGAUGACGAGUUCGAUUCGUUCGACAGUGAUGACACGGAGGAAGACUACGAAGACGAAGACGAGGAGCGUAACCGGGCCCGGACAGACAGCGGGGUAGAUAUACGGAAUGCAAAGCUGCCCGAUCCGCCACCCUCCAACAGCCAGGUGUACGUGCUGGUGCAGAAGAUCAAGAAUCUCGGCACACUGUCCGAGAUAGCGAAAAGCUUCCACAAGCUGUCGAAGAAAAAACCAACCAAAGGCAGUAGUACGGGCGCGACGUACGAGAAUGCUGCCACCGUCCUAUCCUCGAAGCCCCCCGGCAGCAAAGGUACCAAAAAAUCGUCCUCCAAAACGUUCAUCAAGCUCCCGCUCCCUUUAGUCGGCGGUGGUGGUGGUGUGCCGAAACCACCGCCAGAGGAUUACGAGCAUGCUCCGUUCGCGGGUACGCAUCCGGCGCAGCCUGGUUCAUGCUUGCUGCUAGCUUCUUCACAAUCUUCAUCUUCAGUCUCCGCGUCUAACCCUCCGCUUGCGGCCAUGUCUAGUCCCGUCCCGGAGCAAUCGCACGGGCCUCCAUCCACCGGGGUACGCAGCACGAGUGAAUCCAGCAACGUGAGCAGUAAUAUGCCGGGACCACACCAGAGUGCGCUGGCCGAUUCGGUGGCACGCAAAAAGUCCAAGAGUACCAAAUCGCUGCGCUCGAAGUUGCGCAAAAGUCUCGUGUCUGACUCGACGAGCCUCAAUAUCGGCAGCUCGUUCAAUGGAUCGCGGAGCACAUUUUACGUGACGUCCGCGGACGUUGAUUCGGGAAUAUUCAACGGUUCCGAGGGAUGCCUUAAUCCACCGACCAGUGUGUCUCAAUCGGAGAUGGGACCAUCGAAACCGUUGGAAGACAAUCGGCGAAAAUCGAUAGCCUCUGCCAUCGGUACCACGAGCCACCAUCGACCAUCGAUUCCGCCCCCUCCGCCACCGGCCGAAGCAAGCAAAAGGACGAAUGUGACAUCCUCGCUAUCUCCACUAUUGACGGCCAACAAGUCAUCAAGUAAGAAGCUGGGUGCCACCUCAUGGUACGCAGAGUGUGGCGUCUUUAAACAGCCCCACUCGUUCGGUACCGGCAGCGAUCAGUCGCUGAGUGGUGGCAAACCGAGUAGCAUCAGUCCUCGGAGCUCGAUACCACCCAAAACCGGAGAUGGUGGUGCUGCCGACCGGACACUGACAAACAAUGGCCAUACAACUUCGUCGUGGUAUGCGGACAUCUACCAAACCAGCGGAGCCUCGGUGGCCAGUUCGAGCGAAAGCUCCGGUGUUUCAACCGGUGGAGAAGGUGGACCGGGUGACGAUCACUCCCACAGCAUGUUCGUCAAUGAACCACUGUACCAGAUCUAUAACGCUGCCAAGCUGGAAUCGAUCACACGUGAUAUCGAUGCGGAGAUUAAUGGCCGCACGGAGGCGGAGCUGUACGAUGAUGGGUACGAGAAGAUAGCGGAGCGCAACCGUCGGCGCACUGCGGCGGAAGGAGGUGAUGAAGGUGGUUCGACAAGCUCGGGUAGCUCUUCCACCGAGGGAGACGAUCGUAGCGACGAGUCUUCCGUGCACCUACGUAAACCAUCGCGCCCAACCGCACUGGAACUGAUCGAGCCUCACAUCGGUAAGCUGCGCACCCUUUGGUGCGAGGUUCCGGAGGUUCGAAACUCAGAAAUACUAGCCACCUUAACACCAACGGAGAAACGCCUGCAGGAGGCCAAGUUCGAGAUACUAACCUCCGAAGCAUCCUAUCUGAAAUCGCUCAAUCUACUUCGAACGCACUUUGUCAAUCAUCCGGCAUUCCGGGACACUCGCAUACUGAGCUCCUCGGAACGGAAAACACUCUUCUCCUCGAUCAUUCCGGUGCAGGAGUGUUCGGAUCGGUUGCUGUGCGAUCUGGAGAACUGCUGGCAGGAUAAUAUUAUGCUGCUUGGGCUGAGCCACAGCAUCUACAAGCAUGCCGAGAAGCACUUCCACGUGUACGUGACGUACUGCGAGCACCAGGCAAAGAUCGACCGAACGCUGAAGGCGCUGCGGGCGAACAAGCCCGAAUUCGCUCGAACGCUUACCGCGCUCGAGGCAGACCCGGUGUGCUGUAGCCUAAGUUUGUCCUCCUUUCUGAUGUUACCGAUGCAGCGAAUUACACGCAUGCGCUUGUUGCUGGAUGCGGUUCUGCAGCGUUGCCAUCCGGAGGAUGACGACGAGUUCGGCAGCUGGGAAAGCACCUUCGUGUUGAUUAACCGUAUCCUGACGCAGUGUAACGAUGCGGCACACCGGAGCGAACAGCUGUACGAGAUGGAGCUGCUAUCGCGUCAGAUUGAGUUCCCGACCAAUGUCCGCCCGUUGGCAAUUGUGCCGUGCGGCAUUGGUGCUGCCACCAUGCACCGUAAGCUGGAGAAACGGGGAGAACUCGUACAUCUGCUGUGGCGCGGUGACGAUGCGAAGCUUACCUUUGGAAAGAAAAUGUCCAAGAGCAAUGUGUACGCGUUCCUCUUCACCGAUUUGCUGGUGUUGACCAAAAAGAAAAGCGAUGACAGCUAUCUUGUGAUCGAUUACUGUCAACGGGCAUUAUUGACCGUCAGCUCGGGUGACAUAGUGCCCGGUUUGCCUGCGAAGGAGAUGCAAACGAUCGGUAAAAAUCUCAUCAUUAUGACACUGUUGGAGAACCAUGAGGGCAAGACGAUAGAAAUGUUUCUUAGCUGCCCGUCCGAAACAGAGCGCGAACGGUGGCUAAUGGUGACGGAACCGCCGGCAUCGGAAAACCCGGACGAAAAGAUCUACGAACAGUGGGAUUGUCCGCAGGUGAUAGCAGUCCAUCCCUACCAAGCUCUGCAACCGGACGAACUCGAUCUCGACAUUAAGGACGUGGUGAACGUGCAUCGAAAGAUGGCUGAUGGUUGGUACGAAGGCGAACGCAUCCGCGACGGUGCGGUCGGUUGGUUCCCGAGCAAUUACACAAAGGAGAUCCCGUCGGCACACAUACGGGCGAAGCACAUCAAGCAACGCCACCUGCUGCUAACGUACACCUCCAAGUACAUCGACACUGCCACUAAAGCCCAUCAGCAUCUUCAUCAUCAUCAGCAGCAGCAGCAGCAGUUGCAGCACCACUAUCACCAGCACGUCAAAAAGUGA